AUGCCCCUGGAAGGACCGGCGCCCAGCGCGGUCCCCACCGGCACCUCGAAGCGCGACGUGAAGAAGAUGAUCUCAUCCUCGGCCGUCCUAUCGGCAGGAGUGGUCCUUCUCCUCAUCGUGGUUCUCACCAACAUCUUCAGCGGCAUGCGCUUCGACAUGCCCAGGAAGGGGUUGCCCUUCUUCUUGGGCGCUUCGGGAGCGAAGCCGGACACAUGCCUGGCCCUCGUCGUAGUCUGUGCGCUCAUUUAA